AUGGGCAUCACCCGGGCCAGCCAAUGGCUCAUCCGAGCGGCCGCCAGCCCGGGCCCCUCAAAAAGCGUGGCCUAUCGUCUGAUGCGGCAGGGCGGCUUCAUCGCCCGUAUUGAUAACGGCCUCUUUUCGCUUCUCCCAAACGGUCAGCGCUCUGUCGACCGAUUACAGCGAAUAAUCGAGGAUGAAUUGGACGAUAUUGGAGCCCAGAAAGUGUCGUAUCCAAUCCUUGGACCCAAGACGCUUUGGGAUCGAACAGAUAGAUGGGACAAAAUGGGCACCGAGCUUGUCAAGUUGCGAGAUCGACACGAUGAGGAGUAUUGCUUACAGCCGACGGCCGAGGAAAUGUGCACACAAUCCGUGCUGGAGAUGGCCAACGUGCGCAAGGAGUCCAUGCCAAUUCUGCUGUAUCAAACGACGGAAAAAUUUCGAGACGAGGCGCAUCCGAGAUAUGGGCUUCUGCGUGGGCGCCAAUUCUUGAUGAACGACCUCUACUCGUUCGAUUUGACCCAAGAAAAAGCCGUGGAAACUUACCAGAAAGUAUCUGACGCCUAUGAUCGGAUAUUAAGAAAACGAUUGAACCUGGAUGUUUUUAAAGUACGCGCUGAUUCCGGGGUCCACGGCGGCCGUCUCUCCCACGAAUAUCAUCUUCGAAACCCGCUCAACCAGGACGAGAUCAUCUACUGCCAUCAAUGUAAAACCGGUGGAAACGCUAAAACAGAAGGGGAAUGUCAGCAACAUGGCAGUGAAAAGAUGUCGUCCGUUGAGAUAGCACACACCUUCCAACUCGGCACAAAGUACUCAGAAGUUUUUGGGCUGUCAAUAGAGUCCGCCCCAUUGGAUAUGUGCUGUUUCGGGAUCGGUGUCACACGACUCAUCCACGCAGCCAUUGAAGCCAUGUCACCGACAGAUGAAUCGGCGCUCCGUCUUCCGGCCGCCAUCGCCCCGUUUGAUGUUGCUGUUGUUGUACAUGGGAAAUUGCUCGAUCACCCGUUCACCGCCUCGCUAUUGUCGGAUCUGCAGAAGAAGCACAAAUACAUUCUACUCGACGAUCGGAACGAAACGCUGGGAAAUAGAAUACGUUCACUAGCGCACAGUGGUAUCCCCAGAUAUAUCGUGCUCGGUGGGAAAACCGUCAAGUCGAUUGAUUCUCAGCCUACAAUGGAACUAUUCGUCGGGGAGCCGAUGAAGAGCGAAUUGACGUGUCUGACCAAGGCUGCCACAACCAAUGAAAUCUUUCAACUGUUGGAUUCUCAUCGAUUUUUA